AUGUCCCGGCAGUCCACCAUCACCUUCCAGACGGGCAGCCGCAGGGGCUUCAGUGCCGCCUCGGCCACCACCCCAGCCGCCGGCCGCUCCCGCUUCAGCGCUGUCUCCGUAACCCGCUCCGCAGGUGGCAACACGGGGCUGGGCAGGAUCAGUGGCUCUGGGUCCGGCUUCGGAAGCCGCAGCCUCUACAACCUAGGGGGCUCCAAGCGGGUCUCUGUUGGUGCGUGUGGGAGCGGCUUCCGAAGUGGCUUUGGCAGCAGGGCCAGUGGUGGGUUUGGGGUCACCAAUGGGUUUGGCUAUGGGGGUGGCAUAGGUGGUGGCUACGGGGGCUCCGGCUUCCCCGUGUGCCCCCCUGGAGGCAUCCAAGAGGUCACAGUCAACCAGAGCCUCCUGACACCCCUCAACCUGCAAAUCGACCCCAGCAUCCAGCGGGUACGGAAAGAGGAGAGGGAGCAGAUCAAGACCCUCAACAACAAGUUCGCCUCCUUCAUCGACAAGGUACGGUUCCUAGAGCAGCAGAACAAGGUCCUGGAGACCAAGUGGAACCUGCUGCAGGAGCAGGGCUCCAGGGUGGUGAGGCACAGCCUAGAGCCCCUCUUCGAGGCGUACAUCAACGACCUCCGGCGGCGGCUGGAUGGUGUCACCGCCGAGAGGGGCAGGCUGGACUCCGAGCUAAGGAGCAUGCAGGAGGUCGUAGAGGACUUCAAAGUCAGGUACGAAGAUGAGAUCAACAAGCGCACGGCUGCUGAGAACGAGUUUGUGGCUCUGAAAAAGGAUGUGGACGGCGCCUACAUGAGCAAGGUGGAGCUUGAAGCCAAGGUGAACACUCUGACGGACGAGCUGAACUUCCUCCGCAUGGUGUACGAGGCGGAGCUGUCCCAGAUGCAGAACCAGGUCUCCGACACGUCCGUGGUGCUGACCAUGGACAACAACCGCUCCCUGGACCUGGACAGCAUCAUCGCCGAGGUCAAGGCACAAUACGAGGACAUCGCCAACCGCAGCCGCGCCGAGGCUGAGGCCUGGUACCAGACCAAGGUGAGCGAGCUACAGGUCACGGCAGGCCGGCACGGUGAUGACCUGCGCAACACCAAGCAAGAGAUCUCUGAGAUGAACCGCAUGAUCCAGCGGCUGAGGUCUGAGAUCGACAACGUGAAGAAGCAGUGCUCCAGCCUGCAGGCAGCCAUCGCCGACGCCGAGCAGCGCGGGGAGCUGGCCCUCAAGGAUGCACGGGCCAAGCUGGAGGGGCUGGAGGACGCCCUGCAGAAGGCCAAGCAGGACAUGGCACGGCUGCUCAGGGAGUACCAGGAGCUCAUGAACGUGAAGCUGGCGCUGGACGUGGAGAUCGCCACCUACAGGAAGCUGCUGGAGGGCGAGGAGUGCAGGCUGAGUGGAGAAGGAGUCUCCCCAGUUAACAUCUCCGUGGUCACCUCCACCGUUUCCAGCGGCUACGGCGGGGGCAGCAACCUUGGAGGUGGAAGCCUGGGUCUCAGCGGAGGAAGCGGCUACUCCUUCACCAGCAGCGGUGGGCACAGCCUGGGCGCCGGCCUGGGGGGCUCUAGCUUCAGUGCUGGUAGCAGCCGGGGCCUUGGUGGUGGUGGCUCCAGCGUCAAGUUUGUCUCCACAACAUCAUCAAGCCGCAAGAGCUACAGGCACUAAGCACAGCCCAUUUGUACUCCUGCCCAGACACCUGCGCCCUUCUCCCUGUCUGCCUCCAUAAGGCCCCACUGUGCUGCCCGGAAGGCUAGGGCUGAUGUCCCUCCUGUCCGCUACUCCAGGCUGCUGGCCGCACUCUCGCUUCGCGUGGGCCACACUGGAGCCUGCCCUCCCUCCUGGCUAACACUCAGCCCCCCGCCCCCCUGCUCCCUCCAGCUGUGGCGAUAGGCGAGCCUGUGUCUCUGAAGCUGGCUGU